AUGUCGUCUCAGAAUGGAGGAUAUGACCAGAACCUACUCGAUGAAGCCCCCGCAGCGACGAGGGCGCAGAGGCAGGAAGGCUACAACGUUGAUUUACUCGACGACCGUCCUAACCGUCCCUUAUCUACCCAACCACUCCAAACGCCUCCCCCACAAAUAACCCAUCGUGAUACAGACGUCGAAAGCAACUCACAGGAAAAAGUCGUUCCUGGAGCUGUUACGAAUGCCUCACCUCCCACUAAAUCCUUUUGGCGGAGACGCAAUGGCAUCAUCACCAUCUUCGUUAUCGUUGUUGUCGUUCUGGGAGCUGUGAUUGGUGGUGCUGUCGGUGGGACUGUUGGAAAGCACAGCUCGACCACGAGUACCAACGCUGCGAGCACCACUAUCCCUGGCGUUCAACCAACUUCUUCAGCCGCCUCUGGUGGGGCAGCUCCAGCGACUGAUACCCCUACUGCAGCCCAGCCAACGGCUGGACGGUCGACGACCACAUCCUCAACACCCACUUCGACCCUGAGUAGUCAGGGGAUAGGUAUAGCGUAUGGAAACACCUCAUAG